AUGGAUCAAAUGGAGAGUUUGACUACCUUAAUGUCGUUGCAGAACCUUGCUGCAGCUAUUGUAGUUUACUUCGGCAGUUUUACUUUCUACCGCCUAUUCCUGCACCCUCUUUCUCGAUUUCCAGGGCCAGAACUAGCCGCCAUCACAAAAUACUACGAAGCAUAUUAUGAUAUCGUUCAAGAUGGUCAAUACACAUUUCGAAUUGCUGAAAUGCACAUUGAACACGGCACAGGACAGAUAGUCAAUCUAGGCGCUGCACCGAGUGCCUUUACUAGAGAUGUCUCAACGGAAUUCAUUCUCGGAAAAUCAUAUAAUAGUCUUGAUGAAGAAGAUUUUGAUAUUGGGAUGACAAGUGUCUUCCAGGGAUCUGGUCAUAUCUGGCGUAUAACCAAACAUAUCACAUGGUUCGCUCCUACUAUGAAAUCAAUUCCCGUCGACUGGGUUAUGAAAGUUGCCGACGACGGUACAAAGGCUUUCUUCCGCUAUCUGAAGGAAACUACACAUGAUACGAAGGAGUUUUUGGCCGCAAUAGCUUUGUCCGAUCCAGAUGAUAAGGCUCCCCACAAUAUAGUCCACGAAAUUCUAGACUCCAACCUUCCGGCCGAGGACAAAAAAUUCGAACGUGUCUUCGACGAUGUAGCUACAGUGACAGGAGCUGGUUUUAAAACGACUGCUAGCGUUUUACGCUUAAUCAUCUUCCACGUUUUCAACAGUCCCGAAAUCCUCAAACGACUACUAAAGACCCUUGAGCAACUCCCAUACCUGACAUCAAUAUUGAUGGAAGGUAUGCGUCUCAGCCCUGCCAUUGCUUCACGAUCAGCGAGAAUAUCUCCCGAUGGAGAUCUCACAUGUGGAAAAUGGCGAAUCCCUUCUGGCACACCUAUUGGUAUGACUACACUACUAAUGCACACGGACGAGAAGCUAUAUCCAGACCCAAUACAAUUUAAGCCUGGGCGAUGGAUGGAUAUCGAUGCCCGGAGGAAGCAUGAUAAAAUUUAUGCUGCCUUUUCGAAGAAAACAAGGAUUUGUCUUGGCAUGAAUCUCGCAGGGGCUGAGAUGUAUAUGCUUCUUGCGACUCUUGUUCAACGAUUUGACUUCCAUUUUGAGGGGGUUACCUCAGAAGACUUUGAAUGUGAGAGUGAUCAGUUCAUCAUUGGGACUAGUGGAAAAGGCGUGUUGAACGCCUUUGCUACUUCUUAUAAAUAA